CAUUUGACGUGUACAAAUGUCAACAUCGGCAAUCCCAAUUGGGUCGAUUGUGUCUGUUUGUGCCGAUGCCAUCUCAGAGUUUCCCAGUCAUUUUUCUAUGAAAAUCCACUGACGGCGCGAUGGAUUUCCUCAAGAGUGGUUUGAAAACUGUCCUCGGCGCUCCGGAGCCCGGCCAGCAGCCAACUGGAGCGGAAACGGUUGAACGCUUGGUGGAGCGCGUAAAUUCCUCGACGCUUCUUGAUGACCGGCGAGAUGCCUGCCGGGCGCUGAAAGCCUUAUCACGAAAAUAUCGGAUAGAAGUGGGUGCCCAGGGCAUGUCAGCGUUAAUUCAAGUGUUGCAGAUGGACAGAGCCGAUUGCGAGAUCAUCAGUUAUGCAUUGGACACGCUUUGUCAGAUUGUGACGCCAGAACAAUUUGACGAGGAGGCUGACAACCCAACUGUGUCGGUGAAUGUUGGCGAGCAAUUCACCGAGAUGUUCUUGAAAAACUCUGAAAAUGUUACAUUGGUGCUGGGAUACUUGGAGGAAUACGAUUUUAGGGUGCGUUGGUCAGCUAUCAAGCUGCUAACGACACUAUUAGCGAAUAAGACGAAAGAUAUUCAGGAAAUUGUUCUUGUCAGUCCGAUGGCAGUCUCGAAACUGAUGGAUCUGCUGAUCGACAGUCGCGAAGUGAUAAGGAACGAUGCCUUGCUAUUGCUAAUACAGUUGACGAAAGGAAAUGCCAACAUUCAAAAAAUUGUCGCUUUUGAAAAUGCCUUUGACCGUCUCUUCGAUGUAGUUCGCGAUGAAGGUUGUUCCGAUGGCGGAAUUAUCGUCGAGGAUUGCCUUAUUUUAAUGUUAAAUCUCCUUAAAAACAACUCUAGCAACCAACAGUUCUUCAAAGAAGGUUCAUAUAUCCAACGUCUAGCUCCAAUGUUCACCAUUGCCCCGGAGACGGAGGAAAAUGGAUGGACGCCUCAGAAAGUAUCCAAUAUGCAUUGCAUGCUACAAGUUGUGCGUGCUCUAGUCAGCCCCAGUAACCAACUUCAAAUAAUUUCAUCGUGCCAGAAAACCAUGCGAACUUGUGGCCUAUUAGAAGCACUUUGUAAUAUGUUGAUGGGCAGUGGAGUGCCAGCUGAUAUAUUGACCGAGACAAUAAAUACUGUGGGCGAAGUUAUAAGAGGAGAUUUGAGCAAUCAAGAAUACUUAAGUACAGUUAUGGCACCAAGCAACCCUCCACGACCAGCAAUUGUAGUUCUGUUGAUGUCAAUGGUGAAUGAGAAACAACCGUUGUCACUUCGGUGCGCCGUGCUGUACUGUUUUCAGUGCUUCCAAUACCGGAAUGAAGUCGGACAAGCUUCGCUGGUACAGACUCUUCUCCCUUCAAGCUCAGAAGUAUCGUCUCUGACAGCGGGGCAAUUACUUUGUGGCGGUCUAUUCAGCACAGACUCCUUAGCCAACUGGCUCUCUGCUGUUGCACUUAUGCACGCUUUGAUAGAAAACCCAGCACAAAAGGAACAAUUAUUACGUGUUUUGCUAGCAACUUCUGUCGGUAGCCCACCUGUAUCAUUACUACAACAAUGCACAACACUUCUCCAGCAAAGUAACUACAAACUACAAAGUAAAGUCGGAAUAUUGAUGCUACUCAGUACGUGGCUAAGUCAUUGCCAAGUAUGUGUGAAAGCAUUCCUAUCCACCCCAAGCAGCGUGGCAUAUUUGAUUGCCCAAGUCAGUGCCAAUGAACACGAUGAGAACGAGUACCUCAUACAAGGACUCUGUAGUUUCCUUAUGGGCAUUUGCAUUCAAUUCAACGAUAAUUCAUUACAAAACAACAAAAGGGAGGACUUAUGCCAGCUAAUUGUGAAACGAAUCGGUUUGGAAAUGUUCACAGCGAAACUCGGCGAUGUCUCGAAACACGAAGCAUACAGCCGGGCAGCAAAACAGCCACAAAUACGGGCCAAGUCUGCAUCUGAGUUACUGCUGGACUAUGAGUUUUGCAAAUUGUUUAAAGCUUUGGAAUCUGUUAUAACAAAGACAGUAAACGGAUAUGACGUCAACGGACCGAAUUUAACAGAACUCACUCUCAGCAGUGAGGCUUCAGACCUCGUUAGUCAAUACAAGGACAUAAUCCGCGAACAGGACAAUAAAAUGAAUGAUAUGAAACAGAAGAUCGCAGCUCUAGAAGUCCAAAACGAGACCAUUCAGCGUCAGCUAACUGACGCUUUAACUGCAAACUCCCAACUCACCGAUCAGAAUAUCCUCCUCAAAGCGCAACUAACAGCAGCUGCCGGCGCUGGUGCUGCUGCUGCAAGUGCUAGCGCAGAACCCGAACCGGCAAACCCCACAACAUCGGAGCCACAUGUUGCUCUCAACACCCAGAUUAGCUUCUACCAAUCUGAGAAUGCUCGGUUAUUAGAAGAGAUUGAAGCUUUAAAAAUUAGCCUCCACGACAAGUCACGAAACUCUUCAAGUGUCGUUGAAGAAUUCGAACACCUAAAAAAGGAUCAAGAGGAUCUUCUUGAACUGCUAACAGAUCAGGAGAAGAAAAUUCUAAAAUAUAAGCAGAUUCUUCAAAACCUCGGUGAAAAUGUAGAUACGGAAGAUGAACUGGACGACGAGGAUUUCAUGGAGCGACGCGAAACCACCAGCACAUCACUUACUUCCACAGAUGAUCAUCCAAGAUCUGAAAGCUAAAGGACGGAGAAAGUUACAAUCGCUGGGUAUCGAUUGAGUUUUUAUAUGUAUAUUGUGUUUUAUUGAAUUUAUAUUAUUUGAUAUUGUUAUUCGUUCUAUUCGGAAGCAGAAAUAUUUGCAGGAAUAACGUUAAAGCAUGUAAGUACACACGGUUAGAAUUUCCACAUAGGGUUUUUAGCUCCUCGUUUACUCGAAGAAACUGUUUGGAAAGUCUUGCAUUUGUUAGUUGUGACAGACGAAUAUCCACUCAUUGUACAAGUCAAGAGAUUUCUAGGCAAAAUUAAAGUCGCAAUGCACGUCUAGUCUACAUCGUUGGAUGAAUAAAGUAUGAAUACGUCCCAAGAUUCAAUUUUUUGUUAAAGCACUAAACUUUAAAUAAAUCAAUGCAUCUAAAAACCAAUUCUACUCAUUGUUUUGGAAAAGUAUUUAAUUGUGGUGUGAGCUGCAGAAGGGUCUUUAUUUAUUCUAAAUUAAAUUUUCUAAAUGACAAGAAGACUGUUUUGAUUUUAAGAUACUUUCUCUGAGAUUGAAUUAACGAAAGAGCAUCGAGAUAGUUGCGAGUGCAUAGCUGAUUUCUUUUCUAUCAAACAAAUUCAGGAUUUAUCACUUAAGUAGAGUAAAAUUCAGUAAAUAUAAGAACGUACAACUUCGUCUGUCGGCACUUUAAAUUGGUUUGUCCUAAAUGUCAACAUUUGGCUCUUUUUUGUCGAAAAUGUAAAUAUUUCUCAAUAAAGGAUGCUUUAGUGGAAA